ACAGAGCUACUUCCAGGUUGUUGUCACGGACGCUUUCAGCCCCCGGAAACGGCCAAAAUACAUGGAAGAUCAUCAAGCAUUGAUUAACUAACAGCAAUAUUUGAUCGAUAAUAGUGGAACGUGAUUUCUGACACAGAAUCUGCUUUAAAGCCGCACAGUUGUUCACAAAAAACUGCUCAGUGACGUGUUGCGCUCAGUCACAGCGAUAGAUACGCUGUCAGUCAUAGCAAUGUAAAUUAUACCACAUGCUGGCAUAUUAGCUGUUAAAUUGUCUUGGUUUGCCGUUUUAUUAGAGCUGAAAAUAGCGGCUGUAGAUGAAUAUCUGCAAGAAGUGAGCGCAAACGAUGUAGUUGGCAUUUUCCCUUCCUUGUCAUGGAUUAACACUGGCUGGAUUAAGGAGCUUGUAGACGAGCGUCAUGGAAUGGCCGGGGGAUUUUCCAGACGACCAUGCCUUUGUGGACCUGCUGGUUCCAGGAGCUGGCAGUGAUCUGGACUUUGAGCAGCUGCUGAAAGACACAGAGGAGAAACUCAAUCUCAAUGCCAGCAGCAUUGAACAGCAGCUGAAGGAGCUCCAGGCAAAAAUGGGAGACUCCCGGACAGGCGACCGUCCACCAAGUCCUACAGAGUGCCUACAGUGGUUCAACGUCAGAAUGCAAAGCCGUUUCAAGCCUGCUUCCCCAGGACAUCAGGAGCUUAUGAACUUCUUCAGAGCUCUGCAAGAAUACCUGAGAUCUGAAGAAGAGAUGAAAGAAGAGGUGACACUGCAGCUAUUGGUGAAUCUGUCUGCCCAGUGCGGCGUCUGCUUCCCUUAUACCCUAUCUUCUUCCUGCACCUCAUCCUCCUCUCUUAAUCCUCUACUGACUGCCUCCUCCAUCCAUUUGGUGCAUACAGUCAAAGAUGACUCCUCAUUAGAGAUCCAGGUGGCGUGGGAUGACGUACGUCUCCAGCUGCGACGCUACCUGAUGGACCGGCUGUCUUCCCGCAGCCCAGAACAUCCUGGGCCCAGACAGAUUUUCACUCUGUCCAUGCUUGAUCGAGCCCACUGUCUGCAACAGCUCUUCUUUCUUUAUCCUGAGUGUGAGGUGCUCACACAUUACCAGGCUCUAAGAUGCCAAUUUGUGCAGUCUGUGCUGCAUUCAGCCCUGAGCUCCUGCCCAGGCGGUGAGACCGGCUUUGACAGACUGGCUAUAAGUUUCUCCUCUGUGGUCCCAGUUCUGACCCAAGCCCUCACAGAGGAACUGCAGGUCCUCCCAAGACUAGCAGAGCCCCACACGGUCCUUGGUUUUGUUAAUGCAGCCUACCUCAGCACCGUGGCCCAAGAGCUGGCCUCCCUGAUGGAGAAAGAAUGUGACACUGCCCAGAGGGACAACACCGCGCUGAGCAGCAAGAUCAAAAAAUAUUCAGCCAAGACCCGGGCAACCGUAGCACCGAUGGAGCUUCCCAUGAAAAGCAGGAGCUUCAGUUUGACCUCCCACCAGUUGAGGGCGUUAACCCAGCUGGCCUGCACUCUGCUGAGGUUUGAGAGCGACGUGAGGGAGCUGGUCACGAACAUGACCUUCAUUAACUGUACAGGAGACAGUCCCUGUGUUAAAGGCAUUCUGAAGAAGAAUAAAGAAGAUUCAGACACGACAAAAGAUGGAAAGAAACCAGGAACAGUCCACACACCAGAGGCGCAGGUUUUGGAAUUUAACUGGAGGUCAGCAUUUAAGGGACUAGCCCCCCACAUGGAGCAUUGUGUCAAAGUGGUGCUGGAUGACGUGUGUGCCAAGAAUCUGCAACAAGAAGAGGCCUUACGUUCGUCUGGACACACCUCUGUCACCCUAAGCCCCAUUAGUGGACAGAGCACCAACGCUGCCAGCAACACACACCUCAAAGAAGACUCUUUCUACACCUACUCAGAGAGAGACACUCCCAGAAUGGUUGCCAAGUUCUGUGGAGCAAUCAUGACUGAACUGGAUGCUUUACUACCAUUGGCAGCAGCCUGCAGGGACAGCUCUCUCCUGGGUGUGCGAUCAAGCUUUGUAGAGGCAUGUGGCAGAGCAGCGUUUGCCAUGUUGGCCCGUUUGCAGGAGAGGGCCCUGGAGGUCCCAUCUUCUGCACCCCUGAAGAACUUGCCUGCUCUGCUGUCCACUUGCAUUUAUGUGCACCAACGACUAGAGCACUACAAUGCCAGGCUGAAGGAUUCAAAUACCACAGCAGCUAAAGUACCCCUGACCCUGCUGCCUAUCCAGAAGUGCCAAGAGACAGUGGAGGCCUUGAGAGAUCAGCUAACUGGCUAUUGCACCCAGGUUUGUUCCACCUGCAUUCUUCAGGACGCAGAGAGUCACCACUGGGCUGAUCCCAAACCCUUCUAUGAGGGCGAGCGCUGCUCCUUCUCCCUGCAGAUGUGGUUCUACUUCCUGUGUGGGCUCCGUAGCGACCUGUGGGCGGUCCUUCCGGAAGACUUGGCCAAAGAGCUGCUUGGCCAAGUGCUGUCGGAGACUUUACAGCUGCUGGUGCGAAGAUAUGCCAGGGCCCGUGCUUCAUACAAGAGACACCUGCAAAUCAGAUGUGACAUUACAGCGGUGUUGCUGUAUGUGGACCAUCUCAUGUGGAGCGUGUGUGAUAGUCCUGAGGCGUUGGUGCGCUCCAACCCUACUUCGGCCAUUACCAUAAUAGGAGGUGGUUCCGACUGGCCCUAUGUAAUCCACGGCCUGUGUGACCAACUCCUGACAGUCCUCAUCAUUGUCACAGCACCUGUAUCUUUGCUGUAUAGGACAUUUAUGAUUGAUGCUACAAAGGACUCGACACCACGCCAGCCCAAAAGCCCUGCUGUACACUGGCUCAAUGCUAUCAACCCUGACCUCUUCACAGAGCAGACCAUACGAGAUGGCCUUGUGGGCCAGGCAGCCUUGGCCUGUCAGCUGAGGCUGCUGACCUCUGACCCAGGACACAAUCCCAAGCUGCUACUGCGAAUGCUGCUGUACAGAGACUGUCACCUGCCCAGAAUACUCCUGGAAAAUUCUUAUUUUUGCCAGGAGAGCAGCCUAGAAGUGUCGACAGAGAAUUGCAAGGCAGGAGAUGACUUCAUAGUUGCAUUGUUCAACCUUUUCUCCUGCCUCAAUAAUGUUCCCAAGGCCUUGACUCAAGCCGUUCAACCAUACCUGGAGAGGGUACAUAUAUGGGAACACCUCUACACACUAGCAGACACAACACAGGGAGUCCCUGUACUGAUCAGCUGUGUCCGAGCGAUAGUCACCAAGUCCACCAACAGCCUCCUGGUACAUCUGGUCUCCAUGGUGUUGGGUUGGCAGGCCACAGAGGAGCCCAGUGGAUCCUUGUUCAAGCGCAAUGUGCCAGAGAGUGUCCUGUCUAAAAUACCUAAGGACUGGCACUACACACCACUGAAUCCAAGGAGAAAGGAGCCGGGCAAUAAGACCAUCAUAUCCUUAGCAAUUCAAGCAUUGUCCUUCAUUUUCACCAACCUGCCCUUGGCCGUAGCAUCCUUGCCUCUCUCCAUCCGCUUCCUCUUCCAAGUAGCAGAGAAGUACCUCUCCCAGCAUGCCCGGCAGCUGCGCUCAGUGGGCCCGUUGCUCUGGGCCCUGCUGGGCUGUCUGAUCCAGGACCUGGAGGACCCAGACACACUAGAACAGACGAGUGGUGUGGCUCUGGAUCGUGGGGCAAAGGACAGUUUAUCCUUACUGGCAGAGUGCCUACAGGCUGCCAUGGGCAUUCAGCAAAAGGGUGUUCCCAAACCCACAGUGCACAAAGUAUUGCAGGCCUUGGAGGAAAAAAGGCCCAAGUGGAUAAAUUUGCAGCUGCAGAAAGCUCGCAAACUCUGCUCAGACAGCGUAUUUGAGCAAGGAAGGGAGAGAGGAGUUGCUGCGGCUGAACUGACUGAGCAGAAAAUAGGCCUGAUGCUGCUGGAGGUCUGCCACAAAGCAGGUGGCAGCAACUACCUGAGGCAGAUCUAUCACAUCAUCCAAGGCAAUGAGGAGCUACUGAUGUCUAAACUGAGUGUAAACACAGACUUGCCAAAUGAUCCUCCGCACUUGGUGAACUUUGACCUCGGCUCUCGCAGUCAUGUUGAUGCUGCCCAUUUCAACCCUCUGCACCAGUUUGACCACAUUGGCAAGAAGAAGCUGGAUCAGAGUGCCGUGGUCGACUGGGCAUGGGACUGGCCGAGGCUGCUGCCAGCCUAUCAGGGCAUGAGUCAGGUCACCUUCAAAAGUCUGCUGGCCAACAGGUGGGAGAUGCAGGAGGGUGCAGAGCUGGAAGACGGAGAGAAAGCACUGGUAGAAGAACUUCAGAAGACCUUUUUUGUGUGCUGCUGCAGCCCGGGACCACAGGACCCUCCUGAAGCUGAUGAGACACUUCCAGAGCAGACCCAGGGGGAAACACAACCAUCCGAUAAAAAUGUUGCCCAAUAACAGUUCACGCAGUUGGAAUUUUUAUCAUGCUGUAAAUGUUUGCUUGUAAUAUGCACUUGCAGCUCUCUAGGCAGUAGAGAGAGAGAGAGAGAGAGAGAGAGAGAGAGAGUGUGUGUGUGUGUUUGCACAUUUGUAGGUAUAAUUGGGUUUGUACAUGAGCUGUGUGCUGCGAAUUUGCAUAUGUGUGUGCAUAAAAACAUGAGAGAGAGGACAAGGCACAGAAAGGGAGUGAGAGAUGGUGUCUUCCUCUUUAUGCACACACCUCAGACAAACUCUCUGUGCUUUUCUAUGCUGCAUCGGAUGCAUUUCAUCUUUUUGGAGCACAUCUGCAGAAAUCAGUUCUGGGAAAUGGAGAGCCUGGAUUUGUUUGCCUGGGACACGAUGGGACUGUGUGAUCAUUGUAGGUAGUUGAAGUUUUUUUUGAGACCGUGAGUGUAAAGACGGUGUCAGCAUACUUUCUCCUGGUUCCUGAAAGCAAACAUCAAAUGUUAUGUUUGGGAAGCAAGAUGAUGUAUGUUUUGAUUACAAUGUGUCCCAAAAAUCUGCCCCACUAUGAAAUAUCAGUCAGUAUUUUGUGCAAACUGAGAAAACGUUUAUUUUAUGUGUAACACUAUUGCUCAGUAUAUUUUUCCCCCCAAAUGUCUCCAUGCUUUCUUAUUUAUGAGAUGGAAUGUUUUAGAAUUAAACAUGAAAAUAAAAGCAUAUUCUGACUUCUCCA